UAAGCAGCAAGGGGCAGCUCCGCCCCAGCAGGAACGGCUCCUCGCCCGCCUUCCCAUCCGCCCCAGAAAACAUCGUCCCAUCUCGGCGAGCGGUGUCCCUGCAAACCUGCUGCAGGUUUGGUGAUGUUCCCAGUGAUGCCAAGCUCGUGCAGGCUGGUUGUCUACGUGCUGCUGGAGCUGGGGUGCCUGCUGGUGGAGGGGCUAUCCCUGUCCUGCCCCCCUGCCUGCCAAUGCUACGACACCUCCAAAGUCUUCUGCUCAGAGGAGAGGAUGCGGGAGAUCCCGGCGGGCCUGCCAGGGAAUGCCACCCAGCUCUUCUUCGUGGAGACGGCCCUGAGCAGCGUCCGCAGUGGGGCCCUGGGCUCCAGCACCACCCUCACCAAGCUGGUCUUCCUCAACAACAACAUCCAGGAGCUGGAGGCUGGUGCCUUUCAGGGUCUGCCCAGCCUCACCGAGCUGGAGGUGUCAGGCAACCCCUUGCCAACAGUCAGCCCGGGGAUGCUGAUGGGGCUGCCCAGCCUCAGCAAGCUCUCCCUGGCUGCCAACGCCUUCCGCUCCCUGCAGCCGGGGCUCUUCACCCCUGUCUGCCACCUGCAGGACCUGCGCUUGUCAGGGAACAAGAUCGAGGCACUGCCCAUCGGCAUCUUCUACCCGCUCGGGCACCUCCAGACUCUGGACCUCUCCCAGAAUGUCUUGGCUGAGCUGCCAGAGAGGCUGCUGGCCCCCCUCACCACCCUCCGCCUCCUCAAGCUCAGCGACAACCUGCUGGCGUGGGUGCCCCCCGGUGCUUUCAGGGCACUGGGCCAGCUGGCCGAGCUCCACCUGGACGGUAACCGGCUGGAGGAGCUGCCGGACGGUGUCUUCACUGGGCUGGGGGGGCUGCGGCGGCUGCAGCUGCAGCACAACGCGCUGGGCAGCCUGGCCCCCGACAUCUUUGCCGGUCUCCCCAACCUCACCGUCAUCAGCCUGGAGGGCAACCGCCUGGCCACCUUAGCUGCCACCCUCUUUGCCGGCACCCCUGGCCUCCUCCACCUCUCGCUGGCCCGCAACCAGCUGGAGACACUGCCCCAGGGGCUCUUUGCCAACCUCUCGGCGCUGCAGACCCUGGUGCUCUCACACAACGCCAUGGCCCACCUCCCCGCCGGGAUUUUCCAGGGGCUGGUGGGGCUGGUGGAGCUGCAGCUGAGCCACAACAACCUCUCCAGACUGCCGGCUGGGCUGCUGGCCGGGCUGCCCCUCCUCACUGCCCUGCAGCUGGACCACAACCGCCUGGCCCGCUUGCCCCAGGGGCUUUUUGAUGCCAACGGGGAUCUGGCACGCCUGGGACUGGCCUACAACCCCUGGGCCUGUGACUGCCACCUCACCUACCUCCUGGGUUGGCUCCAGGGCUUUGCUGAGCCCCUCACCCAUGCACAAGCCUUCUGUGUCAGCCCCGCUGCUCUCCGGGGACGGUCCCUGCUAGAAGUCCCCCAGAGACAGCUGAAGUGCCCAGGAGUGUCUGGCGUACCCCCAGAGGAGGGCUUGGACAGGGAGCCAAGGGAGGAUGCUCCGGAACGGUGCACCUACAGCAACUCCGAGGGCACCAUAAACAUGGCCUGCGAUGCCACGAGCUGCCAGCAGCUCAGCCUUCGUCUCCCUCCUCCUUCUCCUCCUCCUCCUGGUGUACCAGGCCAGCUGGCGUACCAGGGUGCCUGGGUGCUGCGCUCCCGCUGCGGCACGCUGCAGGUCAGUGUCCUCAUCACCGCACGGAGUGAGGAUGAAACCUCACCAGGUCUCCCUGCUGAAGCUGGCCAGGUGAUGGGACCCCAGUCUGGUGACCUCGCUCCUCGCCUGGUGUGGCUCACUCCGGUGGCUGGACUCCUUCGCAAGUGCUCGGCCAAGACAAUGUACCGGCAUUUCUUUCUCCUUUUCUGCCUCUCCUUUUAUCACUAUAAAUGCCAAGAUCAAAUCCCAGGUGAAGAUCCUUAUGAAAUGCCCAAAGACUACCAGGAGGUCUACAGAGGGACAAAAAAUGACAUCACAGAGAUCCCAAAGAUUGCAAAGCCCUUCAUUUCUGAGAUGAUCUUCGUGCAAACCAGCAUCACUGCUAUAAAGAAAGGUGCCUUCAGGUACAUGCCCAACCUGAUCAAGAUUUUAUUUAUUGGCAACAAGAUCAAGACAGUUGAACCUGGGGCCUUUGACAGUUUGGAGAAGCUGAGGGACUUGGAGAUCUCUGGUGCCUUAUUAGAGGAACUAGCUGUGGGUACCUUCCAAAACCUCCCAAGCUUGCAGAGGCUGGAGCUGAGGGACAGCCACCUCAAACAUAUCCCUAAAGGCCUGUUUGAUGGGCUGGAGAACUUGGGAGAGCUCUCCCUGCAUAUCAAUGCAAUCCCUUCUCUUCCAGAUGGCGUUUUUGAUUCUCUCAUCAAUCUAACGUUUUUGGACCUGGCUAGAAACAGGAUCACAGCUCUUCCUGGGGAUGCCUUUAGCAAACUCCCCCGUCUGCAAGUCCUCCGGCUAUAUGAGAAUGAGCUACAGGACCUCCCAGAGGAGCUGUUAGAUGGUCAGCCAGGUCUGUUGGAGCUCAGUCUCCAGAGGAACAGGCUCAAGGCGCUGCCACCCAUGCUUCUGAGGAGCCUGCCUCACCUGGAGAAACUCCUCUUGGACAACAACCUCAUCGGGGCUCUCCCACUCCAGGGAUUUUUUGGUUUAAACAAAUUGAAGCUGCUGACUCUGGAUUCAAACAACAUUACAGAGCUCCCCUGCUGCCUUUUUGACGCCAUGCCGCAGCUGCGUGAGCUGGACCUGAGCAGGAACAGUUUGGCUACACUUCCGGAUGGCAUCUUUGUCAACCUCACAUCUCUUGGAAAACUCGUCUUGUCCCACAACCAGCUAGCAACCCUGCCAAGAGGAGCCUUCGCUGGGCUCAGCAAGCUUUCAGAUCUCCAGCUAGACACAAAUCAGGUCUCUGCUCUGGAUGGUGACGUCUUUGCUUCUCUUCCAAAUCUGAAAACCCUCAACCUUCGGAAGAACCAGCUGGAGAGUGUCCCCCGAGGGCUCCUGGACCCCCUGAAGAAGCUCAGCUCAGUGUAUCUGAGUGGGAACCCGUGGAGAUGUGACUGCAAUCUCUGCUACCUGCACAGCUGGAUUCUGGGGAACAGUGAGAAAGUUAAAUUGUCCACCCAAGUGUCAUGCAAGAGUCCACCCCACCUGUCAGGGCGAGCAGUGACAUCACUGAAGGAUGACCACUUAAUUUGCCCAGUUACUCUUCCUCUUUCAGCUGCUUUUACCUCAUCUCUGCCAUUUGCUUCCACGCCACCACAAAGGAUGUCAGCCUCGCUGUCACCUGGAGCCUUGUCCGCUGCAGCACCAACCACACUGUCAUUGGCAGCUUUUCCCAUCAUGGCACCGCCAGCCAUGCUGUCACCUGUGGCCACCUCUGCCAUGUUCCCCACCAUGCCAGUGAAGGCCUUCUUCACUGCUCCAUCAUCAGCCAUGCCAUCUAAGACUUUCCUCACUACCCCAUCAUCAGCUGUGCCACCCAAGACCUUCACCACAACAUCAACCAUGUUGCCCAAGGCUUUCAUCACCACCCCAUCAACAGCUGUGCUGCCUGAGGCCUCCAUCACCACACCAUCACCAGCUGUGCUGCCCGAGACCUCCAUCACCACACCAUCACUGACUAUGCUGCCUGAGACCUACAUCACCACCUCGUCAUCAACCGUGUUGCCCAAGGCUUCCAUCACCACCCCAUCACCAACUGUGCUGCCCAAGGCCUCCAUUACCACCCCAUCAUCAACCAUGCUGCCCAAGGCUUCCAUCACCACUCCAUCACCAGUUGUGCUGCCCAAGACCUCCAUCACCACUCCAUCACCAGCUGUUCCACCUGAAGCCUCCAUCACCACCCCAUCAACAACUGUACUGCCCAAGGCUUCCAUCAACACCCCAUUGCCAGAUGUGCCACAGGAGGCCUUCAGCUUGUGUCCAACCUCAGCCAUCAUAAGUCUACAGCCUCCUGGGACCACCAGCUCAGAGCCUGCAUUGUCCACUCUAGCUUCUGCCACCACACCAGUGCCAGGCAGCACACUGGCAGCCAGCACCAGACAAGUGCCUCCUGCUCUUAUGGCACUCACAGAGAGGCCAGAUGCUGCCCCAGGGGUGACACCCAGCAUCUCCCUUGUCUCAGCCUCAGCCACAGCACUCUGGCCACCCUACAGGGCUCCUGCGCCAGGUGUGGAGCGGGACCAUGUCACCACGUGGAGCUUGUCCACAGUUGGCACCCAGCCUGCUCCCCAACAAGCUCCCACCUCUGCAGGUACCAUCCCACUUCCGAUGCCUCCUGUCCCCCCACUGAGAGACUGUACAAGCCCCUGGCCAGCCUCUCCACCCUUGACUCCCAGUGGCCAUCAUGCCUGGGGCUUUGUCCUGUGGUCCAGCCCACGGCACUGCCAGGUCUCCCUGGCCCUGGGCCUGGCCGCGCUGGUGCUGCAGGUGGCCUGCACGCUGCUAUGGGGGAUGCUCACCCUCCUCCUUCACCAAGCCACCCGCUGCCAGGGUGACCCCGUGCCACCGGUGAGGCUGCUGAGUCUCCAAGCCCUGGCUGCCCCGGGGUCCCCUGAGCAAGCCUGGGCACUGCUUUGAGCUUCAUCGCCCCUGCGUGACCUACCCAAUGCCCGUCAUCCUCCUAGGGGGUCUGGAGCCGUGCUGGUCACAGGGUGCAUAUGUCAUGGGGUGUGGACCAUCAUUGGUGGGGUUCGGUCACCCAGGAGAGGGUGUCCCACUACCCAUGCUGUUUUGGGGUGCCUCCCAGCUGGCCCCUGGAGAUGCUGUGAGCCUAGGGAGCCUGUGCAUGGUCACUGCCUGAUAGGCCCUUCUGCCAAGUGACGCUAGAUGGCAUCCCGACACAGGCAGUGGCUGCCAUCAUCUGCCCAGGGCCACCGGGAGCAGAGAGGCCCCUGAGUGGCCCUGGAGACUCUGCACCAAAAUGCCAGAGACCCUGCUCCCGGCCAGCUGAGACCUCGCCGGACCUCGAUCACAGCUCACUCUUGCUUGUAGUUUGGGGGUCCUGCCUGAAUGUCCUCCCCAUUGCUGGCAGGUACCUGCAGGCUGCAAGUGGUCCUUGGUGAAGGACAUCUCAAGACCUCCUGCCCUGCACCCUGGCUUCUUCCCCACAUCGCGUUACGGGAUGUGCCAGCACCUGUACGUCCGUCCCUCGUAACACCCUGACCUCUCUCCUUCUUCUCCCUUUCUUCCCUACUGAUAUUAAAGCCUCCUCUGCAUCUCUGCCAUUCACUCAA